GCGAAGCCCUGGGGUCAGGGUCCAUGGCUGUUCCCCGCGACUCUGGCGCCCCCUGUGCCCGCAGUGCCACCUGUCCCUCAGGCGGGCCUCGCCUCCCACGGCAGGUCCCUACCACUCUGUCGCCACCCUUGACCCCGCCGACCUUGACUCCGCCGACCUUGACCCCGCCAACCACCACCCUGCCGACCACGACCCUGCCGACCAUGACCCUGCCGACCACGGAGAGCCCUGUUUCUCAAGUUUCUCAAGUCGUACCACUCACCUGCGGCAUGUCCCAGGAGAAGGACCCCACCCUCAGGGACCCAGAGGCCAUGGCUCGGCGGUGGCCGUGGAUGGUCAGCUUGCGGGCCAACGACACACACAUCUGCGCGGGCACCCUCAUUGCCUCCCAGUGGGUGCUGACCGUGGCCCACUGCAUGAUGCAGAAAGAUGUUAACUACUCAGUCCUCGUGGGGAGCCCCGAGAUGGACCAGGUGGCUCCCACCACCACCGAAGUCCCCGUGCACCAGGUCAUCGUGCACAGCCGCUACCGGACCCAUCGCCUGUGGUCCUGGGUUGGCCAGGCCCACAACAUCGCCCUCCUCCAGCUGCAGUGGGAACUCCCGUUCAGCAAGUACGUCUGGCCCAUCUGCCUGCCCGAGAUGGAGCACAUAGUGAAGACCAACUCCCUCUGCACUGUGACGGGCUGGGGACUCCCUAGGGUGAACGGCAAGUGGCCCCAGUCCCGGACCAUUCAGGAGAAGGAAGUCACCAUCCUGAGCAGCAACCAGUGUGAUGGCUUCUACCACAAGUUCUCCGGGAUCUCCUUGGUGGUCCGCAUCAUCAACACCCAGAUGCUGUGUGCGGAGGACACCGACCGGGAGCACUUCUGCUACGAGAUAAGCGGGGAGCCCCUGGCCUGUCCUGUGGAGAACACGUGGUACUUGACGGGAAUGGUGAGCUGGGGCCCAGGCUGCGGCCAGAAGGAGGCCCCGCCCAUCUACCUGCGAAUCUCCUCCUACAAACACUGGAUCUGGGAGCGCAUGAACGGGCAGGCUCUGCCGGCCCCGUCCGGGGUCCUGCUCCUGGCACUGCCGCUGCCCCUGAGCCUCCUGGCUGCCCGCUGACCCGCUCGGCUGGCCCUGGGGCCCCUUCGCCUCUGUACCCAGAAUGCCUCGGGCGCCGCUCUCCCAUCCCCCACAAGG